AUGGCUUACACUAACAAAAUCCCGGCAGCGGUUGCGAUAGCAGUGCUGUUUCUUGCGGUUACGAUCGCUCCUCGGUGGACGGAGGCACAAUCAUUCUCAAAGCUGAAUCCAGUCUGCGCGUUGAUAGUCCCUGAGAUCUCCCAACUUUGCUAUCUUACGGGAAGUGUGAUCCCAUCUGAAGAUUGCUGCAAGAGUCUCAAAUCGGCGAGCUCGAUGCAAGUGGAUUGUCUCUGCGACAAUUUCAUUGCACAUCCUUCUAACGCCACCCUCACCCGAGCUCUCUUCGACGCUGUCCACAGCGCCUGUGGCGUUCAAGACAAAUUCGCUUGUAAAGACGCCAGCGGAGGAGCAAUGAACAAGUUUGCUGCAUCAAUGGGUCUAUUUGGUUUUGUUGCAAGUCUGUUUUUGUAA